AUGACCAGCGUUUUAGUCUGUGGAUCAUUGAACUAUGAUUUGGUGACCUUCACAAAGAGAGUUCCUGAUGCUGGAGAAACCAUUUCUGCGAGAAAUUUCGAGACUCACGGAGGAGGAAAAGGGUUGAAUCAGUGCGUGGCGAUCAGUAGACUUUUGCCCGAGAAUACAGCGACAGAAGUGAAGAUGUUAGGCCAUGUAGGGGGAGAUUCUUUUGGUGUCGAACUGAAAAAAAUACUAGAGGACAGCGGCGUGGAUACUAGCAUGGUGAAGACGUUAGAUGGUAUCAAUACUGGAGUAGCAACCAUUUUAGUGGAACAAGAAUCUGGCCAAAAUCGUAUAUUGAUAUCGGAAGGCGCUAACGGGUUCACGAAAUUCUCAGAACCUGAACUUGACGAACUAUUUCCACGAUCUUCAGAGUCCGAAUCUACUGGGGGCGAUUUCGUAGUGUUUCAAAAUGAGAUUCCAGGAACUAUCCCAAUUAUGCAAUGGAUCAAGGAGAACAGACCCGGGUUGAGAAUUGCGUAUAACCCGUCUCCUUUCCGAGAGAUUUCCAAAACGGACUGGGCUCUUGUGGAUGUUCUGAUUGUCAACGAAAUUGAAGCACUUCAAGUUUUACAAUCGGCUCUCAACCAAAGACAACUGGCAGCAUAUGAAAAAAAAAUAAACGAAGAUGUGGUGGAAGCUUACAAGCAGAUUGCUGGCCAAUUAAAAACUAUUAUAAACAACAAUAAGUCGCUAGGGGCUGUGAUCAUAACAUUGGGUGCAAAGGGAUCUGUCUUUACUUCCAAAGCUUCGUCCGAGAUUUAUUACGCCGGAGCCUAUAAAGUUAGUAAAGUUAUAGACACUACCGGUGCAGGCGAUACGUUUUUGGGAGGAGUUAUUUCUCAGCUUUGUACGAACCAUACUUUGGAAAAUGCUGUUCAAUUCGCCACCAAAGCUAGUUCCUUGAGCAUUCAAAAAAGUGGAGCUGCCGAAAGUAUUCCGUCAUACAGCGAGGUACAAGGUCUUAUUUGA